GAAUGGCGUGACUCCUUGGAGGGAUCGGAGAAUGACUUGGAAGCGUGUGUCAACAUCGGCUGUCAAAAGGCAGACCUGGAGCAAGCGGCAUCCUUCUUGAAGUAUGAUGGGAUCUACGGUGCCUUUGGCAUUCAUCCCCUCCAUGCGCACGACUGGGAUGAUGAGGUGGAGAAGAAGUUGCUGGCCAUGAUGACCAUGCAGAAGGUUGUGGCCUGGGGUGAAUGUGGUUUGGACUAUUUCGACAAGAAGACGCGUGGACAGGUGAAGGAUCCGAAGUUGCGAGGCUUGCAGCGGAAGGUCUUCGCGAAACAAAUGGACUUGGCGGUUUCUUUGAAGAAACCAUUGGUGGUUCACACCAGAUUUGCGGAAGAAGAUACUUUGGAGCUGAUGGAGAAACAUUUGCCCACAGAGCAUCCUGUACAUGUACAUUGUUUCACCAGCUCAAAUACAUUGGCGCAGGCUUUGUUGGAGCGUUUCUCCAGCCUGCGCCUUGGUUUUACUGGAGUUGUGACCUUCAAAAAUGCACCCGAAGUUCAAGAAGUGGUUCGAAACACGCCACUUGAGCGUAUCUUGCUUGAAACCGAUAGUCCUUACAUGGCACCUGAGCCCUUUCGUGGCCGCAUUGCACAUCCUGGUCACGUGUCAUAUGUGGCGGACAAAAUCGCCAGUCUCAAAGGGGUGUCACGAGCCGAAGUCUUGGCCACGUGUCGGAAGAGUACCCGGCUGAUCUAUGGCAUUUGA